AUGAUGGACAGUGCGGUUGUUGUUGAAGAUACUGCUUCAGAAGAGUCUAUAUCGCUAAAAGGGCUUUUGAAGGAUAUUAGAAAGAAACAAAAGGAAGGUGCUGGAGUUUGGGAAAUUUGUAAGAUUCAGAAUAUUAUUCAUGAAGUAAGUUGGUUUCAAUGCUUAAAAAAACCUUUUCUCUUUAUUUGUUGCCGUCUUUAAGUUAUCACAUCUUUAAAAAAUGAUAUAAAUUUAAUUUUUAGUUGACAAUUACCUGCUUUUUGUUAUUGAUCUUGUGCCAGCUCAUAUUCUCUGCAUACUGCUGCCUAUCUGCUACCGCCUUCGUUCUACCGUUGCUUACCCUACUCGGUGUCAUUUUCUACGCUUGGUCGCAUGGAGGCAAGGCAGCGUUGAUUUAUAACUUAAUGGUUGUCUUUUUGCUCACCAUUUGCACCUUCUUUGAAGGAUUUAGACAAAUACCAGUAGAUGUAGCAUUCACCGGCGCAGAGUAAGUCAUGUUUUGAUAUACAGUACGUUCUCCCCACCAGGGAACACUCGUAGAAUAGAAAGUGAAACUGUUACUUUCAGAACCUCGGGAUGUUCUUUGGCGGUCGUGAGAACUCUCUCUUUCUUAAUUAAUGUGCUUGCCUUUGUAACCAUAAUUCCACUCGUGGUCAAUAUUCUCAGUGACAACGGUCGUGGCGUUUCUCUUCUUACACCUCUCGUCAUCAUUCUUAUAUAUGUAGGCAUAGUAGAGUUUACCGUGAUUAUGAUUGACAGAAAUGUCAAUACUCGUAAGCUUUCCAUGUGUGACGCUCAAUUGCUGACUUUGUUUGGAAGAAAAGUUGCUGCUAUGGUGUACGAGUAUAUGGGGAAUUAA